CACAGCUGUAGCUGCGUAAAAGCGUGCGUAAAACUGCUCCAAAACCGAGAAAAAACACUUCGUGCCUUCUGCGCAACGUUCUCUUGACUUUAAAUCUCACUGAGGAUUUGGAUAUGUCAACCCACCAAGUUUAGAAGAAAGUCUAGCAAACUUGGGAACGAAUGAAUGUGCAACUUGUUGAAGUUAUGUAGGGCGUCCGGAGCGAAUGUUUACUUGUGAAGCAGCACCAUGAUCUCUCCUGUCAACAGGUAAGAAGACAAACCUGGCACGCAAUCUUUUGGUUUUGGAAUGAAACUUCACCAGGACAUGUUUUAGAGGAACUGAGGAGCCUGUGCUGUCCAUAUAAACCCGUGAAACAUACUUUGAGGAUUAUCUGAGCUUCAAAGUUCCCCGUCAUAUACGAUUAUCAUGAGGACUGAGGACUAAAGUUUUCUCCUGAAAUAAGACUCAUAGGACCGGAGAAGAUCAUGUCCUUAGAGAAAGAGUGGACUUGAAGAGACUAAAGCAGAUUUGUGAGUCAGUGGAUCUCAGUUUAAGUGUGAUCAUGGCCUCAGAGGUGGUGUGCGGACUCAUGUUCAGAUUACUUCUGCCAGUUUGUCUCGCUGCAGCAUGUCUGUUCCGGUACAACUGGCUAUCUUUUGUCUACCUCAUCUAUCUUUUGCUCAUCCCGCUGUUUGCCGAGCCGACGAAGACAACGAUGCGAGGCCACACAGGGCGCUUGCUAAAAUCCCUGUGUUUCACCAGUAUGACCUUUCUAUUGCUGCAUAUCAUCUAUCAAAUCACAAUCAACAGUCUGUUAGCAGGAGAAAACAUUGAGCCCAACUUUAACUGUUCAUCAUGGGAGAGAUCAAUACGACAGUUGGGCUUUGAGAGUGUGCGAGGUGCAGAUGCUGGCAACGGCAUCCGGGUGUUCAUUCCUGACAUUGGCAUGUUCGUGUUGGGUCUGGUGACGUGGCUUCUGUGCCGCAGUCUGGAGAAGCAGCCGGUUAAGGACGUGUCACAGCACAACAGUGAUUUUGAGCUGGACAACCAGGAAAAGGAGGAUGAGGAAGAAGAGAAGAAAGAUGAGAAACUGGAGCUCGAGGAUGAGCUGCUCUUUGAAGACUUCGAGCUGGCCGAUGAAGACUGUGAACUUCCUGAGGAGGAGGAAGUGGACGUCGAUGAUGGAGAACCCGAGGAGCCUGACGGCGAAGAAAGCACCAAAAUAAAGAUCCUGCGACAGAUAGCAGACGUGGCGUCCAAACUCAGAGAAAUCAUUGGCAAUCUGAUUACCACGGCAGGAAAAGUAGUCGUAACCAUAUUAUUGGGUCUCACAGGUAUAAUGUUGCCCUCCCUCACCUCCACUGUCUAUUUCUUCACCUUCCUGGGCCUGUGCACCUGGUGGUCUUUCUGUCGCACCUUCGACCCGCUCCUCUUUAGCUGUCUGUGUGUUCUCAUGGCCAUCUUCAGCGCUGGUCACCUUAUCAUGCUCUACCUCUAUCAAUUCCAAUUUUUCCAGGGGUCCGUCCCACCCGGGGACAGUUAUGCCAGUCUGUUUGGCAUAUCUCCGGUUGUGCUGACCGACUGCUCGCAUACCUGGAUGUUCAAAGUGAACCCUAAUCUGGAGUGGCACCACUUUGUCAAUCCCAUCAUGCUCUUGGUGCUGUAUUACACCUUGGCCACACUCAUCCGCCUUUGGCUGCAGGAGUCAGAGGACAUGGUCAAAGAAAAAUCAGCAGAACCCGAGGGAAGGGAGGAUCCAGAAUCUCCAGAAAGUAAUGCUGUAGUUUACACAGCAGAGAAGAAGAGACAAUUGUGGAGAAUGGCACGUUACCAUACAGAUGAGAGAAAUUUGUUCUGCACAGAAGACGGCUACAGCUCACCUGAGGUAUUGAUCAUAACAUCCAAUGGAGCCUCUCUGGACUUCACAUCCGUCCCUUGUGAGAACGGACCAAAGUCUGUGGAGCUCUACUCAACCCCUCACUACAAACCAGGCCAUCUUGAAUCAGAUCCACAACAAAUGGAUGGCGGCGUUUACGAGAUCGAAUCUGCAUACGUUGAGCUUUCCGAGGUUCCCAAUCCAUUCAGUGUCGUCCGUGUGAACUCUGCUUUGAAGGCCUUUAGAUUCAUCAUGAAGCAGAGCUACAUCUGUGCUCUUAUCGCCAUGAUGGCGUGGAGUAUCACUUACGUGAGUUGGCUGACCUUUGUCUUCCUCAUCUGGUCAUGCACUCUGUGGAUGGUGAGGGACCGCAGGAAGUAUUCAAUGAUCACCUCUCCAUUCAUGGUGUUCUACGGGAACUUGCUCAUUAUCCUGCAAUACAUCUGGAGCUUUGAAUCACUGCAGCCUGUUCCUGGACUGUUUCUGAAGAAAGAUGUGCCCUUCCGGGAACUGGGCUCUAAAAUUCUCUGUCUCCUCAGUUUCUGGCUGUUGUUGAGACAGUCUUUAACAGAAAGAAAAGAGAGAAAGACAGAUGACAGCCAACUGUCUGAUAUCAAAGUGGAAGAACACAGACACGAUGAGCCUGAUUGCGAGGCAGGAGGUCACAGAGAGAUGAUGGAUGUCUUGGGCAGUACAGUCAUGGCCAUGCUUAAUAAGUACUGGAUCUACAUCUGUGGCGGAAUGUUCUUCUUCGUCAGCUUUGAGGGACGCAUCGUCAUGUACAAGAUCAUAUACAUGAUGAUGUUUCUCUUUUGUGUGGCACUUUAUCAGUUAAACUAUGAGAGGUGGAGGUGGAUGUUGAAGUAUUUCUGGAUGUCAGUGGUGGUGUACACCAUGCUGGUGCUGAUACUGGUCUACACCUUCCAGUUUGAGUCCUCCAUACACGUGUGGUCCAACAUGACUGGAAUGAGCAGAGAGAAGCUGGAAGAUCUCGGUCUGGAGAAGUUCUCAGUUCCUGCUCUGUUCACACGGAUCUUCAUUCCCACAUCUUUCCUUCUGGUGUGUAUCCUGCAUCUGCACUACUUUCACGAGCGCUUCCUACAGCUCACCGACAUCAAGUCUGUGGCCGACAAACAGAAGAGCACCAUCUCCAGGCUUGUGCAUCUGGACGGCAGUCUGGUGGACAUCUCCAUGGUCAAACCUUCAUUCAGCUCCACCAUAAAUGAGGAGGAGGUUGAAGACAGAGUAGAUCUGGAGAAGGAGGCAGCAGAUGUCAAACAAAGUGAGGAGGAGAAGAUCUCGGAGUCAAACUUUUUAUCAGAAGGCUUCACCUGCCAGAUGGAAGCAGGUCCUGUGCCAGAGCAGGAAUCAGAUCUGAAGAAUAAAUGGCAUCUUGUGGUUGAACGUCUCACGGUGCUCUUCCUGAAGUUCCUGGAUUAUGUGCAGAAGAUGCAGAUCUUUAUCUGGUGGCUGCUGGAGCUUCACAUUAUCAAGAUCGUCUCAUCCUAUAUCAUCUGGGUCUCAGUCAAAGAGGUAUCUCUGUUUAAUUACGUGUUCCUGGUGAGCUGGGCCUUUGCUCUGCCUUUCAGUGAGUUCAGACCUCUGGCGUCCAGUGUGUGCACUGUCUGGACCUGCGUUAUCAUCGUCUGCAAAAUGCUCUACCAGCUUACCUCCAUUAACAUUAACACAUACUCGAAAAACUGCACUAUGCCGGAUAACUACACAGAUGCUCAGAAACUAGACAUGGCCAAGUCUCUUCUAUACAGUGGCUCAGUGGACCCGGCUAACUGGGUCGGCCUCAGGAAGUUCUCUCCACUUUUGGAGAAUCUUCGGAUUAACUUGUUGAUGUUGGCCCUCUUGGCGUUUGAAGUGACAAUUUACCGUCACCAGGAUUUUUACCGUAUGAAGAACAACCUGACCCCUCCGGUCACAAGAACCAUUUUCCACAAUUUAACACGCCAGCAUCUGGACGAUGGCAUUCUCAAUUGCGCCAAAUAUUUUAUCAACUAUUUCUUCUACAAGUUUGGCCUUGAGACGUGUUUUUUGUUAGUGGUAAAUGUCAUUGGUCAGCGGAUGGAUUUCUAUGCCAUGCUGCAUGCGUUCGGUCUGAUUGCAGUGAUGUAUCAGAGGAGAAGAAAAGCCAUUGCACACGUCUGGCCUAAAUACUGCUGCUUCUUGGCCUGCAUGCUGGCCUUUCAGUAUCUGAUGUGCAUCGGCAUCCCACCUGCAGCAUGUACAGACUAUCCGUGGAGACACCCAUCCUCCAGGAUGGAUUCCAACGUCAUCAAGUGGCUCUACUUCCCCGACUUCCACACCAAACCCAAUCCUCUCUUCCCCCUCUAUGACUUCAUGCUGUUGCUGUGCGCGUCACUGCAGCGUCGUGUGUUUGAGGAGGAGAACGUGACGGCCGUGCAGCUGUUGGCGGGGGAUAACACGGAGAUCUGUCGAGACCUGGAUGCCGCCACUUUCAGCCAGCACAACCCUGUUCCUGAUUUCAUUCAUUGCAGGUCGUAUCUGGAUAUGCUGAAGGUGAUCAUGUUCAGCUACCUGUUCUGGUUUGUCCUGACCAUCAUCUUUAUCACGGGCACCACGCGCAUCAGCAUCUUCUGUAUGGGCUACCUGGUGGCCUGUUUCUACUUCCUGCUAUUUGGGGGCGAAUUGUUACUGAAGCCAAUCAAAAGCAUCCUGCACUACUGGGACUUCCUGAUAGCAUACAACGUUUUUGUUAUAACCAUGAAAAACAUUCUCUCGAUAGCUGCCUGUGGAUAUAUCAAAGCGUUGGUGGUCAAACACUGUUGGCUCAUCCAGUUGUUUAGUCUGGCUUGCACUAUAAAGGGAUAUUCAAAACCGGAGCAGCAGGAGAAAAAACAGUGCGAGUUGCCGAGUGAUGAGGCCGGGAUCAUCUGGGACAGCAUCUGUUUUGCCUCUCUGCUACUGCAGAGGCGAGUCUUCACGAGCUACUACUUCCUGCACGUCGUGGCCGACAUCCGCUCUUCACAGAUCCUCGCAUCCAGAGGAGCUGAGCUCUUCCAGGCGACCAUUGUGAAGGCGGUCAAAGCCAGAAUAGAGGAAGAGAAGAAAUCCAUGGACCUUCUGAAGAGACAGAUGGACCGCAUCAAAAACCGACAGCAGAAGUUUAAGAGAGGUAAAGAGAGGAUGUUGUCUUUGGCUCAGGAAAGCGGAGAGAGCCACUCAGUGGUUAUAGAGGAAGAUGAGGAUGAUGAUGAUGAAGGAGAGACGAGCAAAGAGAAGAGAAAAGGCAGUAGGAAGGAGUGGUGGAAGCCGUGGGUCGAUCACGCGUCCAUGGUCCGUAGUGGGAAUUAUUACUUAUUUGAGACGGACAGUGGAGAAGAGGAGGAAGAGGAAGACAAAACUCACGAGGAACCUCCCAAGAAAUCAGCAUUCCAGUUUGUGUACCAUGCCUGGAUAACUGACUCUAAAACCGCCAUGAAAGAGAGGAGUAAGGAGAAACGGCGCUUCUGGCAGAGAUACACAGAGGCUCGCUCUACCAGGAAAGAGCCGAAGGAAGUGCACAUGUCCAUUGAAGAAGGAGAUCAGGAUGAUGGCGUUAUGGAGGACGAAAUGUCUGAUGGUCCAGAUAACAUCUUGAAACGUGUGUUCAACAUCGUGAAGUUCUCCUGGGUGCUCUUUCUGGCCCUGCUGGACAGUUUCACCGCCUGGCUGAACUCCAUCUGUCAGGAACACAUUGAUAUCUCCACUGUCCUGCGCAUCGAACGCUGCAUGCUCACGCAAGAGGUCAAAAAGGGUAACAUUCCAUCACGGGAGAGCAUCCAUGUGUAUUACCAGAGACAGAUGUGCAGACCCGCAUCCGCCGAAUCCAGUCUGGACAGAACUGAAGAGGUGUAUACAGACUUCAGCCCUGCACAAAGUCAUCUUCCUCAGCAAGAUAACACCAUGGAAGGGCUAGAGUCUGAUCUCUCUACAGACAAUCUGUCCUGUGCAUACACAGAAUCCACAUUGCUGUAUGAGUCCACGCUUGACCAGACUACAGGACCGGUGGACUGCGUUCCCAAGACCAGCCAAAGAGCUCGACCCAAACUCUGCAGACUACCCAGUGUAGAUCUACAGUCUGCAUCUGCAGACAGUGCCGCUAGUGCAGCAAGUGAACGUACCCAGGGCUCUGAACUCUACUCACGCCAGGGCACCGAUGACACAAUCGAGGACACUGUGAAUGAACAAGCCACGAGAGAACGCCCAGAUAAACUCUGGACCCCCAUUUCAGACCUACCACCCCCCUCACCACAACACCACUGUGCCAGGGAGGGUCAGACACCUCAGGGAGCCACAGCCAGUGAGGAAUGGGACAGCAUUAUCUCUGCCGAGCGGGCGGCCUGGUGCCGGGGCGGUGCAGAUAUCCCCCCGUCGUACAGUAAAGCCACUGGGCUGGAUUCAGCGGGUGAAAUGGCGGGUCACUCAGAGGUGCGGCAAUUGAGGAUGGCAACACCUGAUGAGAAGUCAGGCUAUCAGAGCUGUGUAACACUGCUGUCCAUGAGCCAUCAGCUUACAGCCAGUGAGCUACUACGGAGCAGGAUGUUCUAUGAUGAGAAGCUUGAAGAGUCUGAAAGUUUCUACAGAUCUCAACCUCAGUUUCUCCAGCUCUGCUAUGCUCUUUAUAACAUGCUGGUGGCUCAUUCAGAGAUGGUUUGCUAUCUGGUCAUCAUCCUCAACCACAUGAUCUCAGCAUCCGUGGCCACGCUGGUUCUGCCCAUCCUUAUAUUCCUCUGGGCCAUGCUGUCUGUUCCUCGACCCAGCAAACGCUUCUGGAUGACAGCCAUCGUCUAUACAGAGGUGACUAUAGUGAUAAAAUACUUUUUCCAGUUUGGCUUCUUCCCGUUCAACAAGAACGUAGAAGUGGACAAGGUCAAACCAUUUCACCCUCCUAACAUAAUCGGUGUGGAGAAGAAAGAAGGUUACGUCCAUUACGAUCUGGUUCAGCUUCUCGCUUUGUUCUUCCAUCGAUCCAUACUGAAGUGUCAUGGACUGUGGGAUGAAGAUGAGCCCAGCUCAGGUGGUAGAACUGCAACUUCUCACCACUCUGAUUCAGACAGUGAAGAGAAAACACAUCCGUGGUCAGAAAAGAGCCCUGUUUCCCACGACGCAUCACCCGUGUCGACACACGUGCGCUUGUCCAGAAAACACCACCACACAAAAUCUGUCCUCCGCCGUUACAGCUCCAGUGCAGAAUCCAACAUCUCACAGCGCUCUGCUCACUCCAGAGCAGGCAGCACAGGUUCCAGGGCGAGCGAGCGACGGGGCGGCAGUGCACUAAGCGCCCAACAGAAAUGUCGAAAGGAACUUCUUUUGGAAAAGCUCAGAGAACAACUGAUCAAAGCAAAACGAUUUACUGUCAAAAUUAUACUGGAGAUCUACAUUCCCAUCCGUCAGUUCUUCUAUAACCUCAUCCACCCAGAAUACAGCGCUGUGACCGACGUUUAUGUCGUCAUGUUUCUGGCCGACACGGUUGAUUUCAUCAUCAUUGUUUUUGGAUUCUGGGCUUUUGGGAAACAUUCGGCAGCUGCUGACAUCACUUCCUCUCUGUCAGAGGAUCAGGUACCUGAGGCGUUUCUGGUGAUGGUACUGAUCCAGUUUGGUACGAUGGUGGUAGAUCGUGCGCUGUACCUGAGGAAGACUGUCAUGGGGAAGGUCAUCUUUCAGGUCAUCCUGGUCUUCGGCAUUCACUUUUGGAUGUUCUUUAUUCUACCAGGAGUCACUGAGAGGCGUUUCAGCCAGAACACGGUGGCUCAGCUGUGGUACUUUGUGAAGUGCAUCUACUUCGGUCUGUCUGCUUAUCAGAUCCGCUGUGGCUACCCCACCCGCGUGCUGGGCAACUUCCUGACCAAGAGCUAUAAUUACGUUAAUCUCUUCCUCUUCCAGGGAUUCCGGCUGGUGCCGUUCCUGACGGAGCUGCGUGCGGUGAUGGAUUGGGUGUGGACAGACACAACUCUCAGUCUGUCCAGCUGGAUCUGUGUGGAGGAUAUCUACGCUCAUAUAUUUGUGCUCAAGUGCUGGAGGGAAUCUGAGAAGAGGUAUCCUCAGCCUCGGGGACAGAAAAAGAAGAAGGUGGUGAAGUACGGUAUGGGCGGCAUGAUCGUGAUGUUGCUCAUCUGUAUCGUCUGGUUUCCGCUGCUCUUCAUGUCUCUGGUCAAAUCGGUGGCUGGAGUCGUCAACAAACCCCUGGACGUGUCUGUCACCAUCACACUGGGGGGUUUUCAGCCCAUCUUCACUAUGAGUGCUCAGCAGAAUCAACUGAAGGAGAUUACAGAAUCAGAUUUCCUGGCUUUUAUGAAUUCAUACAAUUAUGAACCUAGUGCACUGCAGUUUUUGGAGGCAUACACGGCUGAGGAUGUGACUGUGGCGGAGCUGGAAGGAAGCUCAAACUCCCUGUGGACCAUCAGCCCUCCAAGCAGGAAGAAUCUAAUGGACGUCCUGAGUAAAGAAGACCAGUUUCCUGUUACUAUGUCCUGGAGCAUCCAAAGGAAUCUGAGUCUGGGAGCAAAAGCUGAAUUUGCGAUGGACAAACAUGUCACAUAUCUAGACAUGAAUACCAGACAAGAGCUGAUAGCUUUGCUUAACGGAACCAGCAAAAAAGCUGUGGUAAUAGAGAAAGUGUUUCCAUGCUUCAUUCGAGCACCAAGCGAUUCCAACGCCAAACCAAUAGAUCAUCUUUACAGAGCUGAUGGUUAUAAAAGCAUCCUGCUGGACUUGGAGAGGUCUCAUAACGGCAGCGAGGAGAUCCAGGAGUGGUGGAUCGUGGACCAGCCAUCGGCAGGAAAGAUCCAGAUUAGAUCAGAGGCAAAGUCAGAGAAGAAACGAAAUGCUGGACUGCACCUUUAUGUCUUCAGUGAUAAAGUCAGUCCUCCCAGUCUGGGCUUUCUGGCAGGAUAUGGUAUAAUGGGUCUGUAUGCAUCCGUGGUGCUGGUGAUCGGGAAGUUCGUCCGCGAGUUCUUCAGCGGCAUCUCGCAUUCCAUCAUGUUCGAAGAGCUUCCUUGCGUGGACCGCAUCCUCAAACUCUGCACAGACAUCUUCCUCGUGCGUGAGACGGGAGAGCUGGAGCUUGAGGAAGACCUGUAUGCCAAACUGAUCUUCCUUUAUCGGUCACCAGAGACUAUGAUCAAAUGGACCAGAGAGAAGACCAAAUGAGCCUUCUGAGAUACUGGAGAACCAACAGAGAUCCCUGUCCUAGCGGGAGGUGUCCGUAUCACAAGCGCUCUUAUAGACUGUGAGAAAGAAAUGGCCUCAAUGCUCGAGGUCCUACUGCCUACUAUAAUGUGACCGACAGGUGAAAAAGCUGUCGGACAGUACCGAAGUGUCCUGUUCGUACCUUAAUCUGAGGUUACCUUUAGGACAAUAGAAGCUGCGAGGAGGAUGCAACUGAUGGGAUCUGGUUAUAGGGCUUUAGCGCCACCUGUCUGUUGGGAAUUGUUUAUCGUGCGUUGUGCAAUAUACUGUCCUGGUAGCUGCCCGUAAACUUGAACAAAGGUGAUCGUGACGAAAAGACACUAGCCACUUUCUUUAGAGAAAACUGUUCCUGGACCUAAGGAUAUUUAAAAAUUGAAUCGGAAUUAUGAUCUGUUGCCUUAUUUUAGCUUGAACCUAAGACUGAAGGGUUCUCAGGAAACAAAACAUACACUAAGACUUUUCAAAGUGACUCAACAGAGCAACACUUCACUGCUGUCAUUGUUGUGUUGAGGAACAUGUGGUGUAAUUGUGGAUCAAUAUCAUGAGCAUAAAGCACAUUUU